CAAAAAUACAUAACACUGGUCAGUGGUCAGUGGUCAGUGGUCAGUGGUCAUCACUCUCUCACACACUCUUAAUUUAUAUCUACCAAACCAAAAAAUGUUUAGCCCCUCCCAUCUCAAAACCUUGCACCCUCUUCAAGCUUUCUCACUAAAACCAUCUUCAACCUUAAGCUCCACGAAGCUAAAGAGAAUCGUCCACACCCUCAUAGUUUCUCACUUGUGCCGAAUCAUUGGCGCACUCUCCAAAGUCAAAGCCGUGGUGGUUGAGAUUCUCAAGGACAACAACUCAAGCAUCCACAAAAAACAUUACAACAGACGCAACAAGAUCAUCUUAGGUUCCUUCAGGCUUCACUACAACUGGUGCUCCUCAAAAUCCUCGCACGUGUUGCCGGUUCCCGAACCCGUUUUCGAAGGCUUGGGGGAGCCACGUGAUGAAGAUUGCCCCUACCUACGGUGGCUCGAGGAGAAGAAGGUUGAAGAAGGUGGUGGUGGUGGUAAUAACAAGGGUGCAAAUAGUGAGAGUGAUGAGAUGAACGAGAUUGAUGUGCUGGCGGAAAUGUUCAUUGCUAAUUGUCACGAGAAGUUCAGGUUGGAAAAGCAAGAGUCUGAUCGGAGGUUCCAUGAAAUGCUGGCUAGAAGCAUGUGAACCAAAAAGCUCCAUCAAAUUGUUGAAAAGCUUGUGCAUCGCCUAUAUAGGGUGUGUCGAGGGGUUUUAUUAUUUAUGGUCAUAUAUAUUAAUUAAUUUGCCUUUUUCUUUUUAUCCAAACUUUUUAAAGGGGGGGUUUGAAGAAUUGUACUAACAUCGUGGGAUUGGGAAUUGUGCAAUUCUUCUGUUCAUACGCUCGAUCACGGUGGCUUUAACUUUUAAUUUGCAGAGUUAUUUUGAUGAAAAUUGGUUUGAAAUUAUGUAGAUCUCACCUUCACUACCAUUCUAGCUCAUUACAGAAAACUACAUCACAUCUCUACUUACCAGUUGCUUUCAUAUAAAUCUAUGUUUGCUUCAGUUU